GGGAAGUGUGUGGUUUGUGACGUCGAGACAGAGAAAAUGUAUAAAAACUGACAGGAGGGGUGGGACGGAGUCGCGGAAAGCAGAAUCAAAACAAGGAGACACGCCUUCUAACCCUGGUUGGAAACACAACCGCCCUGAGUACCCCGAGCAAGGGCAGACAGCGUGAUAAACACACCGCAGACUUAAACCUUUAUCUGCUGCAAGGUCUGCUUCUUUGAAGCGCCCGUCAAGCUAAACAUUUGCUGGCCAACUAACGUCUUUGUUCGACCACCAUGCAGGCCACUGGAUCUAGUAGCUAAAGUCGAUGCGCCAUGCCUAACGUCAAAACUAACAAGGGGAAGAAGAAUAAAAGGGCUAACAGCAGUGGCGACGAACAGGAAAAUGGAGCUCUUGCAUGUGCAGGUGCUGCAGGAGGAGGUAUGGUAGCAGCUAGUGGAGGAGCCGGGGCAGCAGCGGUGGUGAACGCAACGUCGGCUGCUUUUUCUCAGGCAUCGACCGCGCCUUCAUGUGACAGCAAGAAUGAUACAGCAUGUGCAACUCCACUCAUUUGUAGCCUCGGGAGGCCAGUGGAUUUAGAAAAGGAUGAUUAUCAGAAAGUCAUCUGUAAUAAUGAACACUGCCCUUACAGUACCUGGAUGCAUCUACAGUGCUUCUAUGAAUGGGAGAGCAGCAUUCUUGUCCAAUUCAAUUGCAUUGGUAGAGCACGCAGCUGGAAUGAGAAGCAGUGCCGACAGAACAUGUGGACUAAGAAGGGUUAUGACCUAGCUUUCCGUUUCUGCUCAUGCCGGUGUGGACAGGGCCACUUAAAGAAGGACACAGACUGGUACCAAGUAAAACGGAUGCAGGAUGAAAAGAAAAAGAAAUCUGCAACAGAAAAGCCCUGUGGUAGAUCCACUUCAGAAUCCUCUGAUGACAUUAAGAAGUGCAGAGGCACUGUCAAAUCUCAGAAGGGACUGACUUUUGACCUUCCUCGUAGGCACUCGGUGGACAGGCAGAACUCUCAAGAAAAAAGUAUAGGUGGAGGUUCUCAUAGUCUGCGUUCUCCCUGUGUUUCUCCUGGGCAGUCUCCUCCAGCUGGAUACCCUGUCCUUUCUCCUUCUCAUUUUAAUGUUCCUCGUAGCUCCAGAUACUUAGGCGAAUUUCUAAAGAAUGCAGUCCAUUUGGAGCCUCACAAGAAAAGCUUGGCUACAUCAGGAGCAAUUAGGAACUCUCAUUAUGACUGCAGUAUGCCUGGACUACAGACCCACAGGUCUAUGCGAUUGGAUGCACCAGUACAGUUUCUUCGAAGACUUGACCUCUCUGAACUUCUAGCCCAUAUACCACGGCAUAAACUGAAUACUUUCCAUGUACGCAUGGAAGAUGAUGCACAAGUUGGGCAGGGUGAGGACCUUCGCAAAUUUAUCCUCUCGGCUCUCAGCGCAAGCUACAGAAAUGUAGUAAAUUGCGCGUUAUGUCACCGGACACUCCCUGUGUUUGAGCAGUUUCCUCUGGUAGAUGGUACAUUGUUUCUCAGCCCAUCCAGGCAUGAUGAAAUUGAAUAUGAUGUCCCUUGCCACCUGCAAGGCUCGACUGAACUGUAAGCACUGCGGGAAGCCAGUCAUAGAUGUACGCAUCGGCAUGCAGUAUUUUUCAGAGUACAGUAAUGUUCAACAAUGUCCUCAUUGCGGCAAUCUAGACUACCAUUUUGUAAAGCCAUUCUCCUCAUUUAAAGUCUUAGAAGCUUAUUGACAACAGCUUUGUUUUAGUAAUAGCCAUUUUAUAGGUAUUACUACUUUGUUACAUAUCUUUUAUAGAAAAUAUGUGGAAAAGCUACUUCUUUUCUAAUUCAAAAAACAACUGCAGCUUUUUCUAUAUAUACUGUGUUAUUAAAUGCAUAGAUAGUAUUUGUGUUUUUCCCUUCUACCUAGGAAAUGUAAGAUGGGAAUGUAACGGGUGAAUGUAUAAUGAAUUCUAAGCCGGCAAAGGUUUAUAUAUUUUUUUUUUUGUCCAAUGAAAGUAUUUAAGCACUGUAUCGUUUAGUGUAAUUGAGAGGGAGAAAUUAAACAUUGCCCACUAAGGCUAAGCACUUAGAAAUAAUAGCCCUUUCCACCAAAGUAAAUUGAUUAUUGUUUUUUAAAUAAAUUUGAUAUUUAAAGUGUGCUUUUUUUUUUAAUUAAAAUUUCUUUUAAUGUCAAAACAAAGCUAGAAAGUGCUACAUUGAAUGACAACAAAUUAUUUCAUUACUAAAGAAUGAAUGUAAAAAGACUGUCAUAGCCCAAAAACAUAUUGUGAUUUAUUUACUAGCAAAACCACUGAUCUCGUUGCUCAGCUUUUGCAUUGUUGAGCAAAUCUUCAUUAAAUGUACUUUCAUUCAAAGCUACUCCUUGAGCUUAAGUAUCUUUGCACCACAGCACCUCCCCCACUUCCAUUUUGAAACUGAGCACAAGAGUGGCUGUUGAGGUAGCGGAAUCCUGGGGCUACCACCACUCCUCCAACACAACACUGUCAAUAAACAGUUGCACACUUGCACAUUGAGUAACCAACCUUUGUAAUUGACAAUAUUGUAUUAUAAUGCAUCAACCGCAGUUUAGUCAGGUGCAAUACCUCCUCAAGGUCUAAAUGGCACAGGAAUUAUGUGGAUAAAAAAACUAGAUGACGUGCAGUUGAAAUUGCACUUGCAUUUGUAAAUGGGCCCUAUUUCUAUUCAGGCUGCUUUGCAUAAUGUGUUUAGUACAAAUAUGGCCUGCCACCAUAUUAAACACUUUUAUUGUAAUUUUACCUCUUUAACUCUGAACAGCAAUUAUUUGCGAUUAUUACCUACUGUUCUUUGUGGUUUAUCUUAAAAGUGUUAGGUGCUAGCCCAGGCAUCAAUGCAGCAGUUGCUUUUAAAGUUGCCAUUUUUCUUCCACAUACAGCAAAUUAAUGUUUAACAUGUCAACCUUAUGUCAAUCUCUAAUUCUGAGAGUGGAAACAUUAAGUCUGUGGAAGACAGGUUUGGUGUCAAAGAAAAAUAUACUACUAUAUUUAGUAUACUUUUUUAAUAUUUUGGAAAAAGUCUGUGAUGCCAUAAAAUGACAAGUCUUUCAUAAGAUUGGUUUGCAUUAGUGUAUGGCCAUGAAUAUAAAUAAAGCGCUAGAAAAAGUCGCAAAAUACCGAUCAUUACGAAAAAAACGCAUUCGGACGCUUUUCGGAUGUUCGUGGAUUAGUAAAUGUGCCCCUAAGUAAAUUAAGGAACUUUUUUUUGUUUUUUUUUUCCUUGAAAUAACAAUUAACAUUCUAAAAAUCAAGGCCACUUAAAAAAUGCAUAAUGUAUUACAUAGCCUAUUGUGCACAGUAAGAUUUUCUCACCCACGUGCAAAUAUUUUUUCCAAAAAAAUAUCUAUAUAAGUUUUGGUUUUCAGAAAUUCAGCCCAGAUAUUGGUCUUUUAUCUGCAAUUUUAAUUUUAUGUAUAUCCAAUUUAAAAUGUGUUUCUUAUAAUACUAAUUUUACAAUUUCACUUUCAAAUACAUAUUUCCAUACCUAAUGUAAUUUAUAGAUGCGCAAAAGGCUUUUUAUCAGCACUGUUUUCACUUUGCCACCUAAUUUGUGAUAAUUCUUUGUUUAAUAACUGAACUAAAGUAGGCCGCAUCUACAGAUAUUUUUCUAUACAAUUUUUUUCUGUUUCUAACUGAUAGUAAGAUUUAGGUAUCCUUGUGUUUAGUCAAAAUGUACUAAUAUUAUGUCAGCAACAAUUUUUUCUUUUACACACAUUCAUCUGUGUGGGCUAUUCAUAUAUAACACUUUGUAUGUACUUAGGUGAACUUGUUUUCGCAAAGAGACACAAAAAACUAUUUCAGAUUUUUUCUUUUAGAUGACAUUUUACCAAGAUGUUUUAUGAAUUUGUCUUUAAAUCUGUCUGUCUGCCAUCAAACCAGGUCCCACAUCUACAUGUGCCUAGUAUUAAGAAUUUUGCCAGCAGGAAUUUGCAUUUUGUUUGCUAGUCAUUUCACUUUAGGGGCAUGUCCUAGGGGGAAUUUUAGUUUACCUAGGAAAACUAUACAUUACACAAUUUUUUUCAGGAGAAUCUGGGCUUUCUAGUGUUUUCUAAAAUCCAUAACAAGAUAUAAGGGUCUAUAUACCAAAAACAAUUUUUAAAAAAUGCUAUUUCGCAUAAUAUAGUGAUACUGUAUAUAUCAUAAACAUGUUUUAUUUCAUGUGUGAACAUACAACUGAUUUAGAAAUCUGCAUGUUUCAUGAAUGUGCCAAUAAUAAAUAUGUAUAGUUUCAUAGAGAUUUCUGACUUGUAUGUAUAAAAACGCAUGUGUACACUACCAAAAUUUCAAAGCACAACCACAGAAAUCGGCAUAAUUCAGAUUCCAAGGCACAUGCGAAAAUCCAAAAUGGGUAAAUAUGGCUGUCUACUCCAAACUACCGAACUGCAAUAGUUUCCUACAGUUACAAAGGAAAAAUACACAAAGUGUAAGACUCAGUGAAGGGACUCAAUCAAACAGUGGUGUAGGGUUCGCCAGGUCCACUUCCACUUUUUAUAUGUAAAAAUAAAAAAAUCUACU